CAAAGUGUGUGCACAUUGCAUACUCUCUUUCACGGUAUACCCUCCAUACACCCACCACACACACCAAUUACCGAGGCACACGCGGGCGUGGCCAUACGAUCGUCAGAGAAGAUGGAGAUGGCUAUCGGCACAGCAAGCUGGCUCGUCGGCAAGGUGCUGAAUAAGCUGUCCGAUGACUUGGUGGCUGCAUAUGUGGCCAGCUCCGAUCUCGGCAUCAACUCCGAGCAGAUUAGAUACAAGCUCCAGUACAUGCAAGGGCUGCUGCACGCGGCCCAGGAGAAGGACGUGAGCAGCAACCCUGGCCUGCAGAGCUUGCUGGAGGGCCUGAGCAAGAAGGCUGAUGAGGCUGAGGAUGCCUUGGAUGAGCUCCACUACUUCAUGAUCCAGGACAAGUUGGACGACACCAACAAGGCAGCCGCGGAGCUUGGUGAUAGCCUCCGUGCUCAUGCUCGCCAUAGUCGCCAUGCUGCUCGUCGCACCAUCGGUAACUGGCUUGCACCCUUUUCUUCCUCGUCUUCACAACAUGAUGAUGGUGGCUAUGUUACGAAGUUGAAAUUCGAUAGAGUUGCCAUGUCCAACAAAAUCAAGUCAGUGAUAGAGAGCAUACACAACCUAUGUGAUCCUGUCUCUGACUUGCUGAAUAAAAUCCCAAAUAAUAACAGAGCUAUCACGCGGCCUCAAAUGGGUUCAACAAUUACAGAGGAUAAACUAUAUGGGAGGGGUGCCAUUUUUGACCAAACUGUAAAUGCACUCACCAGUGACACACAUCUUGGUGAAAUCCUUUCUGUUCUACCUUUUGUUGGCCCUGGAGGUAUGGGAAAGACAACAUUCACCCAACACUUGUAUAAUGAUAAAAGGGUUGAGCAACACUUCACUGUCAAGGUCUGGAUAUGUGUGUCAACCGAGUUUCGUGUGCUAGACCUCACUCGGCAAAUCCUUCGAUGCAUACCUGCAAUUGAAAAAGAAGAACACAACUGUACAGUUGAAACAACCAGUUUAGACCAGCUUCAAAAAUCCAUUGCAGAGAGACUGAAGUGCAAAAGAUUUUACCACUUGAAAUUUUUGGACCUCCUAUAUUGGUAUGGAAGUGAAAUAUUGCCCAAAGACAUUUGCCACCUUGAGAACUUACGUCAUUUCCAUUCCACCAAAGAACUCCAUUCCAAUAUCCCCAAUGUUGGGAAGAUGAAGUGUUUACAGGAGCUAAAGGAGUUCUAUGUUAGGAAAGAGGGUGAUGGGUUUAAAUUGAGAGAGCUUGGGGAAUUGGGAGAGCUAGGAGGAGAACUCUGCAUACGUAAUCUUGAAAGUGUGGCGUCCAAAGCAGAGGCUAGUUCUGCUGAACUGAAAAAUAAAAGGAAUUUGAAAGUGCUGGAAUUAGUUUGGAGUACAGAUCACCAAACGAUAUAUGAUGAUGUUCUUGAUGGUCUUCAACCACACCCUAAUCUUAAGGUGCUUAGCAUUGUAAAUCCUGGUGUUGGCCCUUGUCCUAGAUGGUUGUGUGGUGACAUUAGCACAAAAAGGCUGGAAGCUCUCCAUCUAGAGGGCCUAUCUUGGGUUACUUUUCCACCUUUUGAUCAGCUACCGCACCUCAGCAGUCUCACUUUGAAGAAUAUUGUUGGGAUGCACGUGUUUGGACCUGGCUUUAGUGGUGUUACAGAGAGAAGUUUCAUGCACCUGAAGAGAAUUGAGUUUGGUUGUAUGCCAGAACUUGUCAAGUGGGUCGGGGAACCUAAUAGCCAUCUGUUUUCAAGGCUUGAAAGGAUCAAGUUGGGAGAUUGUCCCCUUCUCUGCUGGUUCCCCUUCUUGGAGGGUUCUGACUUAUUUACCAACCUACGCAGUCUUGAUAUUGAUAAUUGUCCCGAGUUAUCUCAGUUCCCUCCCAUGCCUCACAGCACUACACUAACAAAUAUGUGUUUGAGGAAUGCUAGCUCAGUUAUGCGAUACACUGGAAAUGAUUUCACUAUUGAAGGGCAUUGCGGUGCUUUGGCCUUCCACAAUAUGGAUAAAGUAGAGGUUAUGAAAAUUACAGAUGUGUCGCAUAUUUCAUUUUUAGACCUCCAAAGAGUAAACUCAUUGACGAGUGUACAUUUUAAGAAAUGUGACCGCAUGUUCUCUAUGGAAUUGGAAGACAACCUUGUCCUCUGUUCAGUUCAGAAUCUUGUCAUAGAGGAGUUAUGUAUUACUAGUGAAUUGUUUUCAAAGAUGUUGAAGUGUUUCCCAGCUGUUUCCCAAUUUACUAUGAAAGAGUGUAAGGAACUUGAACUUCUGCUUGGGGAGGAUGGAGGACUCUCGAGCCUCAGGAUGCUCCAAUCAUUUACAGGAUUCAGCUGUGGGAAGUUGUUCUCUUGGUGGCACGAGGGAGAAGUAGGUGGAGGAGCUCAUGCCAUCAAACCUUUCCCUACUUCCCUCAGAGAACUUGAUAUUUCCUUGGAGCCAAGUAUGCAGUCAAUGGGUCUGCUCUCAAACCUCACGUCUCUCACAAGUCUAAGGCUGAUAGGUUGUAAAGAACUAACAAUGGAUGGGUUCAAUCUGCAUAUCACAUUCAACCUCAAGAAAUUGACUGUAAAUGCUAUGUAUUUGAGUCAAGAGAAGAACUCUAUAGCAGGGGGUCUGCUCUCAGAGAUUGUAAGGAACAAAUUGAUGCAUGCAGAUUCUUUCCAGCUGGAAGAAUUUAUGGUGGAUAGCAUCUCGGCUGUGCUUACUGCUCCCAUUUGCAGUCACCUUGCCGCUACCCUCCACACAUUGGAGUUCUGCGAUGAUCAACGAGAGAGAACCUUCACAGAAGUGCAAGAGCAAGUGCUUAACCUCCUCACCUCCCUCCAACAUUUGGAAUUUCGAUAUUGCGGAAAUCUUCGGUCCCUCCCUCAAGGGUUACCUUUCCUUUCUUCUCUCAAGACACUACAUAUAUACGGUUGUAAGAAAAUCCGCCGCCUGCCGCCCAAGGAGGGCUUCCCAGCUUCACUGGACAAGCUUCAUGUAUGGUUUUGCAGUCCGAAGCUAACUAAGCAAGCCAAGAAAUUGAAAGGAAGAGACCCAUCGUUUUUGGUACAAGUACAAGAGUAACAUGUAUCAGACUGAAUGAAACUAGGGAGGAGCAGCGAGAGAUAACCCAUGCGCAGGGGAUCUGGAAAUGGUGGGAAUCUUUUCCGCUCCCUCUCAGAUCUCAGGGUUUCCUGCCUCUCUCUCCCGCCCGUCGCGGCGGCGCUGGAGCGGAACGUUGGCGGCCAUCCGAUCUGUUCUGCGCGCGCGUCGGUGGAUCUAGGUCACCAUGUUAGGAGGGUAAGCAGCAGGCAAAAGGCGCGAGUGGGCAGCAGGUCCGCCAAAUAUAUGGGGACACACAGUAGGCGUUCCAGCCAACGGUGGCGUCAUUGUCGCCUGUAAUGAGCGUGCCUUCCCUGUAUGCCGCCCUUGUUGUGAUACGAACGCAAGGAAAGGAACCAAUGAUGUCCCCAGUGAAGACAAUGCAAGAGGCUGAAAGGUUUGUCUCUAUAGAUGCAACCUGUCGAUUUGUUAUGUGAUGUGUGUCUGAAAAUAAGACAUGGAAUUCUGUGCUUUGUGCUUGCUUUAUACGAGCCAAAGUUGUAGCAUACUAGUCGGUAUGCUUGUUUCUCAAUAUAUAAAAUUUCACUCAUCCUCAUCGUAUCCUGUUAGUUUUGUGACUGCUUAUAAAUCAUGAUAAUUAAUUUGAUGUGUACAGCACUUGCUUAAAAAGUUUAGGUGGCCCCUGAAUUCAAGCAGAUGAUUUCAGGGAGAUGAGGAAGAAGACGUUGAUGACCUGGACAAUGAGUUCAACUAUAAUAGGUAAUGGAAUGGCAAAGGUCAAGAGUAGCAGGUGUAGGGUCAAGGAGAAGAUAUUGAUUUGUCUUCAUUCUCGCCAUGAACCUCAUCAUCUUAUUUCUCGAUUGACAAGUGGGCAACAGGUAAAUAUUUAUCAUCCAGGCACUUGCUUCUAUUCAUUUGAGACUUGAGCAGAACUCAGAAUGGAGAAGAAUAUGGUCCCUGGGUUCCAUUUAUUGGAAUUAUGUUCCUUUUUUA